UGGAAAACGUUUCCUUGCACCCAGCACGCCUCUGACGUCAGAGCCGAUUAGCGCUUCUUAUUGGUCCCAAAUUCCCCGGGCCGCGGCUAAUUAUCGGGAGCUUGAUGUUGAUAAAGUAAAGCGCCGGAGUGCGGGCGAAGCAUGUGUAAGGCUCGGGGUCCCUGUCUCCGCCGCCGUCCGCGCCUCCCGCCGCUGGCCCGCCCCGGCCCCGGCCCGCGCCCCCGCGCCCCGCCGGCCCCCCGCGCGAGAUGAUGGACGGCCGCCUCCUGGAGCACCCGCAUGCCCAGUUCGGGGGUUCGCUGGGCGGCGUGGUGGGCUUCCCUUAUCCGCUGGGCCACCACCACGUGUACGAGCUGGCCGGCCACCAGCUACAGUCGGCUGCCGCCGCCGCCGCCGCUGCCGCGUCGGUACCGUUCUCCAUCGACGGCCUGCUCAGCGGCUCGUGCGCCGCGGCCGCCGCCUCGGUGGUCAACCCCACGCCGCUGCUGCCGGCCGCCUGCGGGGUCGGCGGCGACAGCCAGCCUUUCAAACUGUCAGACUCGGGGGACCCAGACAAGGAGAGCCCGGGCUGCAAGCGGCGGCGCACACGCACCAACUUCACCGGCUGGCAGCUGGAGGAGCUGGAGAAGGCGUUCAACGAGAGCCACUACCCCGACGUGUUCAUGCGCGAGGCGCUGGCGCUGCGCUUAGACCUGGUCGAGUCCCGAGUUCAGGUCUGGUUCCAAAACCGCCGGGCCAAGUGGAGGAAGAAAGAAAACACCAAGAAGGGCCCAGGGCGGCCAGCACACAACUCGCACCCGACCACAUGCAGCGGCGAGCCCAUGGACCCCGAGGAGAUUGCGCGCAAGGAGCUGGAGAAAAUGGAGAAGAAGAAGCGCAAACACGAAAAGAAGCUGCUCAAGAGCCAGAGUCGCCACCUGCACUCACCGGGCGGGCUGUCUCUGCACAGCGCGCCCAGCUCUGACAGCGACAGUGGCGGUGGUGGCCUGUCCCCAGAGCCACCAGAGCCACCACCACCUGCUGCCGCAGUGGUCAAGGGCCCCGGAGCACAUGCCUCCUCGGGCGUCGCAGGCACUGCGCCCGCACCCCCGGUAGAGCCGCCCACGCCGGGCACCUGCGACCCUGCCUUCUACACGAGCCAAAGAAGCAGCGCCGGCCCGCAGCCGCGGCUAGGCCGCCCUGCGGACAAGGACGCCGCCUCGUGCGGGCCCGGGGCAGUGGUGGCCGCGGGCCUACCCAAGGCCAGCCCGUUCAGCGUGGAGAGCCUGCUGUCCGACUCACCACCACGCCGAAAAACCGCCCCAGCCAAUGCCGCAGCUGCUGCAGGGCUGGACUUCACGCCGGGGCUGCCUUGUGCGCCUCGGACCCUCAUCGGCAAGGGCCACUUCCUGCUCUACCCCAUCACGCAGCCUCUAGGCUUCCUGGUGCCGCAAACGGCGCUCAAAGGCGGUGCGGGCGCGGAGCCCGCACCCAAGGACGCGCCGCCUGCGCCCUCUGCACCGCCUGCCCCACCGGCACAGGCCAGCUUCGGGGCCUUCUCGGGGCCCAGCAGUGCCCCGGACUCGGCCUUUGCACGCCGUAGCCCCGACGCUGUCGCCUCCCCAGGGGCCCAGGCGCCGGCGCCUUUCCGGGACCUAGCCUCGGUGGCGGUCGCAGUGACGACCGAGGGCGGAGCGGGAGACUGCGUGGACGCAGGGCCCGGCUGCCCCGUGGCCCCACCACCCCCGCCGCUUGCACCAUCGCCCGGGUCCGACUCUGGCCCGGGCCUGCGGGCCCCCAGCCCUACGGUGGAGCCAGCUACCUGCGUCGCCCCGGAGCCUGGCGAGGCAACCGGACCCAGCCUGCCGGACGGCGACGAGGUGGACAUGGACUGAGGGGAGCGGGGCCGGGAGAGGCGCCUAGCAGGCUUGCCCCGGCUCGCUCAGGCUCCGACACACAUCAAAUCAGGUGAUCGGCUCUAGAUACACUGCUUUCCCCUCUUUUCUUUUAUUUUCUUCCUUUUAUUGUUAUUUUUGAAGGCAAACAGAAACGCUGUAUUGAUUAGGACCUAGGCAGCAACCACAGGUCUUGGGGUGAGACCCUCCACCUCCCGAGGGAGCAAAAAGAACCCACAGUCCCCACAAAAACCCACAACAAGAAUCCUCAGCCUUGUAAAAUGCAAAAAUGACUAAGAAUAUUUAUAUAUGUACCAUUUUUUAUAAAUAAAGCUGGUCAAACGCAA